CUAGUGGCCUUCGGUCCGCCGGGUACGCGAAGGCACCAGCGGCUUCUGCGCAGAUGCCCCGCUCUCUCCCUCCAGGUAAGUCAACGUCGCCGGGUCUGUCUUCGUACCUGUCUGGCACCACGCGAACUGUGAGCAGGUUUUGGUUUUGUUUUGACCAAACGGAUCGCACCCGGGAGUUCGCGUCUCCGAGCCGCAGGGGUGGCAACCGCCGCCAGGGCCAUGGCCGAGUCCCAGCUCGUGUGCAUGGAGGACGGCCACAUCGGGGCCAAGAUCCCGGAGACCAAACCGCAGUUUUACUACAGCGAGGAGCAGCGCGCCGCCGUCGAGGAGCUGCUCAAGGAGGGCGACGGUGCCUUCAAAACACGGCUCAAGGACGACAACAUCAAGGACUUCUUAUCGGCCAGAGAAGUCAAGACGUUGUUCACCACUUUCAAAGAGUACGACCCGGGCACCGACGGCCGCGGGUCGGGGCGGGCGGCCGUCGGCGGCGGCGACGCGGACUCGGGGGUCCACUCCACCUACUGGCCCCAGAUGUCGGACACCGAGGUGCCGCCGCUGGACAUGGGCUGGCCCAGCGGGGGGUUGUUCAAAGGGGUGACCCGGGUGGCCGUGCACACACACCCGCCCAAAGACAGCGGACCCCACAUCAAAGAGGUGGUGCGGCGGCUCAUACAGGAGGCCAGCAAGUUGAUAGCAAUAGUGAUGGAUAUGCUCACAGACCUCCAGAUCCUUCAAGACCUGAUGGAUGCGGCCUGGCGACGCUUAGUGCCCGUUUACAUCCUGCUAGAUGGUCAAGGUGUGCCACACUUCCUGGAUAUGUGCUCCAGGCUGCAGAUUGGCUCACAGCACCUUCGGAACAUCAGAACCAGGACGUUGCAGGGGGUCGGAUUCGGUUUGUCCUUCGGCAGACUGCCCGGUUCACUCUGUAAUAAGUACAUGCUGGUAGACGGAGACAAAGUCAUGUUUGGCUCCUACAGUUUCUCCUGGUGUACAUCUCGUAUGGACCGAAACAUGAUCACCGUGAUGACAGGGCAAGUGGUUGACAGCUUUGACCGGGACUUCCGAGAACUGUACGCCAUCUCUGAGAAGCUGGACCUCUACAAGGAGUUCCACAUCAGCCCGCCCGCUGCUAACGUGACCGACACAAUACGUUCCAAAGCAGGGCCCAAACGCCCACCGUUACCAGCCACCACAUCCCGUUUCCAGGUUAGCUUAGGGGAUUCACGGAAGGCCAACAUCCAGGUUCCGGCGCACAAAUACUACAACCCCAAAUACUUGUUGGCGUUUGGGGAUGCCGCACGUCCAACAGGAUCUCUGCAGGAGCCAGGACCAAAGAGUGGGUCAUUUCUGCCUGAGGUUCUUGGAGAGAUGGACCAGGGGAGGGCACAAGUGGCCAGUAGUGAGAAGAUGGGCUGGCUGGGUCCGUUGCCCUCAGAAGUCGAGAGUGAAAGCUCCAAGAGGCCCAACGGAGUCAUGCAGGACAAGAAGGGGCAGCUCACAUGGAAGCAGAAAUUUUUAAGGAGGAAAAUGUCCCAUAAGCUUUCAGUUAACAGCUUGGCCAACAGCACGUGCCCUUCACCCACAGAAACCCAUCGGACUGAUGAGAACGAGGACAGCGUUGAGGUGACUGUGAGAUCUCCAUCUAGAUGGAUGGGAAAGAAGAAACUUGGCAAGAGGACAGAGUCUCAGCAAACUGUCAACACUGCACAGGACAAUGAGAGUGUUAAGAGUCGACGUCGACCAAAGCAAGACUGUAAAUUGUCCUGAGGAGAACCUGCCAUUCUCUGACCACGGAAUGCAGUCAGACAGUCUUAAAAUGACUGAUUUACUGAAAAUUACAAAAUGACUUCCUUAACACUAAUGCCACCUUUGAUUGUGCAAUACUGUAUUUUAUCCAGUGCCUUACAGAAAGACCAAAUGAAUGUACAGUGCAUAAGGUACUGGCACACGCUGUUUUUAUGUUUAGUGCCAAAUUAAUAAUCAAUAUUCAAAGUCUUGUGGGAUAUCUGUUGCCCUGGUAGGUUGCAGAAAGGUUUAAUGAGAUAUUUACUGGUGAUAGCUUGCCUCUUGUUUGCUCCGAGCCUUGUUGGGGAUUCAGGGAUGUAAGGGUUACCUGCCGGAGGCUGAGUGAGUGGAUUUAUAGUGUACAUUUUAGUGCACAAAAUAUGGGGUGAGUUUGCACAAUUCUUCUUCAACUCUCCAGCGAAUAUAAAGAAAGCAGUGGUCUGAGGUGACGAAUUAAACGCAGCCCUUCAAACAUCCAAAUGGUAGAUGUAGACAUACAGGCAGACUGAAUUCUCCCUGAUCAGGAAUUAUUUACAACCCUGAGCCACACCUGUCCCUUGAAGAACGGACUCCACGGCAAGAUCCAAAGAUGGGCGAGAACCACUGUGAUCAUGAGCCACCUAAAGCAGGACACGGUCUGACUUUGGAUAAGUGUUACGUUUGCCUCUCCCUCCUAAUAAAACGAAGAAUCCUCAGAGGUUUAAGACUUCAUACAUAGAGAAAUUAAGAAAAACGAGAAGUAAAGGUGAGUAAAUAUCGCCUUGUUUUACCACUGUCGUUAGGUGGUACUGCGGACCGUUAUGUGUGUACAGCAAUGUACUACAAACCUUAUUCUUUUUCUAUGCCGUCAUUUAACUUUAAAUGAAUGUUUCCAAGAAUUUGUUAAUGUUUUCUUGACGCACUAAUACAUUGUGGGAUCUUUUGUUCAUUGUGCUAAUUAAAUGGUUUGAGAUAAGGAAAAUCUUGAAGUAGCAGAGAAGAUUUUUUUUUUAAAUAUUUGGAUUGUUCAAUGAUUUUU